AUGCCCCUGGGGGCCGGCGCAUCCCGGGGCCGGGAGCGGGGGAAGCGGGAGCGGGAGCGGGAAUUUAUUUUUUCAGGUCUAUUCUCGAACAUCUGGCUGUGGCGAGCUGUCGCUGGAGUCCUUACUGCUGCUGUCAUUUUGAUUUCGUGUAUUCAGUUUGCAAACCCUUCUCCGGCCAAAGACCUUCCUGAGUGCCCUCCCCUGGAGCUGUGUCCAUCAGGCUGGCUGUACUUCCAGAGGAAGUGUUACUACCUCUCAGAGAGGGAAGAUGCCUGGAACUCCAGCCAGAGCCACUGCUCUUCCCACAACGCUUCCCUCCUGGUCAUUGAAAAUCAUCAGGAGCUGAGCUUUAUGAUGAAGAUAACAAAGCAAGACCCAUGGAUUGGACUCUCUAAAAGAAAUGAAGAGUUCUUUUGGGUAAAUGGAAAAGCAUUAGACAAUGAACUGUUUGAAGUAAAAGGCUCUGGAAGCUGUGCCUAUCUGGAGCCCAAAGGAGUCUCAGCCUCAGGAUGUUAUUUAACCAGGAAAUGGGUCUGUAGCUUGGGUAUCAACUCAGCACAGUGAAGGUGGACAAAGCCACCACCCCUGACACUCAGAGCUAUGAUAUGAUGCCUACACAGGCUAUGUCUAUGCUUUGGAACCUGGGAAUGUGUCCCAGCUCCUCCCUGCAGGAGAAUGACUUUUCUGGUAGCCAGAAUUCUCCACCCAUGGAGGAAGGCUUUAAAGAUAGCAUUUAAAAGGCUCUCUUCAGCAUCUUGAGAAGUCAUUUCCUUGCCCCAUUUUUCCAGCUACUGCCCAGCUGUAGUUUCUUUUUGUUGUGCCAUCAGUAUUUCUUCCAUUUACCCUUCUCUUGUAGGAGCAGCUUCUCUUUCUUUCCUUUUUGGAAAGAGGUGGAGGUUUUUGUUCUGCUUUUCCUUUUGUCAGGCUCUGUAUGCAGGAAUGGGUGGUGAAGUGGGUCUGUCUGGAGGGCUGCCAGUGCCUCAUGGAUACAGGGCAAUGCAGGAGUGACCACUGUUGUUUCAGACAGGAUCACAGCAAAUUCCUCUCUUUCCAUUUGAUGGGAUGCACCUGGCAUUGUAUUUCCUGUCUUGUCAAUGUUAUGUUACUUUAAUUUUGUUAAAUCCUGGUGAUUAUGCUGUCAAGCUAACUUAUGUAGCUGCACUGCACCUGAAGUUAUUCUCACAACACUUUCUUUAGCCAAAAAAAAAAAAAAGGUCACAA